GAGGAAGGGGAUGGAGGAGAGGAGUACUCGGGGUGUGGGAGGCUGGGCCUGGUGGCUGUGUGUGGAGUCGGCUUUCAGUUUGAGAGGUGCCCGGUUCUGUGAAGCGGCUCAGCCACAUCGUGUCUGACAGGGUGGAUGCUGAGGGGAGACAGAAGGAGGAGGGGACCGGCAGGAGAAGAGAAACGGGUUCAGAUCAGCCAGACUCCGGUCAGGGCAACACGGGAGCCUCUUUUUUUCUGCGGAUCAAGAAGAAGCGGCGCAGCUUCCCAGCUGAUCCAAGAAUAAWAAAGCGCGCUCACCUGAUCCAGAGACGCAUAAAGAGUGACCUGCUCCUGUUUAAAUGGAUUAAACAGCAGCUGAGAGUUGGCACGGCUGGCUUCCAUUGUGGAUAUUAUGUGGAAAAAUAUCUCGGUUUAGCUGGACAGCUCGGCUCCAUUCAAGAUUUUUAUUUUUUUAUUUUUUGGUGCAGGCAGAUUGGCUGUCUUUGACUGGAAACCCCUUUGCAUAUUAAUCAGGAUUCCAAUACGGGGAGAGAUCCAGAGCGCACAUCAUCCAGAGCUGAGUGGAUCCGAUGAAUGAUUAACAGAGCCCAGCCAUGCCAAUAAGAAGCAACAGGUCAAGGCGGAGGGCCUGGAUUGGCGUAGCCUAUGUCCGUUCAAGUCCGUGCCAACAGAAGCUGCUGUUUCCUUUCUUCAUCGCCCUGCUUCAGUCCACAGCUGUUCUCGGAGCGCUGGAACUCCAGCUGGAUGAAGGCCAACCAGAGGGGACGAUUGUUGGCGACAUCAGCGCAGGAUUACCACCCGGUGAAACUGCAAGCCUUUAUUUCAUCUCUGACCACGAGGGCACAGGUGUCGGCAGCGACCUCCACAUUGACGAGACCACAGGCAUUAUUACCACAGCACGCCGUCUGGACCGAGAAGAGCGGGACCACUACAGCUUCAUUGCUGUGACGAUGACGGGCAUCACUAUUGAGGUGUCUAUUACUGUCAACGACAUCAAUGACCACGCGCCUGCGUUCCCCAAAAAGAAGGUCGUUCUUAAGAUUCCAGAACACACAGCAGUGGGGACUAGGUUUUCCCUGGACCCUGCGACAGAUGCUGACAAAGACCAGCUGACCACCCAAGGCUAUACCAUUCGAGAGGGUAAUGUAGGCCAGACGUUCCGACUGGAGACUAAGAGAGGUGCUAACAAGGUUCUGUAUCUAGAUUUAGUGGUCAAUGGGCUGCUGGACAGAGAGAAACGCUCAUCAUACAACCUGGUCAUAGAGGCCUUUGAUGGAGGCUCCCCUAGAAGGGUUGGAUUCAUGACUCUGGAAGUGUUAGUGACUGACAUCAAUGAUCACGCACCUGUCUUUAACCAGAGCAGAUACCAUGCGAUCAUUUCUGAAAGUCUCCCACAAGGAAGCAGCAUCCUACAGGUGUUUGCAGCAGAUGAGGAUGAAGGAGAUAAUGGGCUUGUACUUUAUGAAAUCAACCGCCGCCAAAGUGAUCCGGACCGCUACUUUGUCAUUGACUUAAAGACUGGGGUUAUUACGCUAAAUAAACCCUUAGACUUUGAGCUGAAGAGGGUUCAUGAACUGGUGGUCCAGGCCAAGGAUAAUGCCAGCCAGCCCGAGGUGACCAACGCUUUUGUGACCAUUCACGUCCGCGACUUUAAUGACAACCAGCCCACCAUGACCAUUAUCUUCCUCAGUGAGGAUGGCUCUCCGAGAAUUUCCGAAGGAGCCCAGCCAGGCCAGUACGUGGCUCGGAUAUCUGUCACUGACCCAGACUAUGGAGAGUAUGCCAACGUUAACGUCUCCCUGGAGGGGGGGGAUGGGAAGUUCGCUCUAACAACCAAGGACAGCAUCAUUUACCUGAUUUAUGUGGACCAAGUCUUAGAUAGGGAGGAGAGAGACUCGUAUGACCUCAGGGUGAUGGCCACAGACUCAGGCACCCCUCCCCUCAGGGCAGAGUCCUCCUUCACUAUCCAAGUGACUGAUGUCAAUGACAACCCUCCUCUGUUUGACCAGCAGGCCUACAGACAGACCAUUCCUGAGAUUGUGUAUCCUGGGUCCUUUGUUCUUCAGGUAACAGCCAGAGACAAGGACCAGGGCCCCAAUGGGGACGUGCGAUACAGCCUUCUGAAGGGCAAAAACUCUCGCUCUGACUGGUUCUCAAUCGAUCCAAUUACAGGCAUCAUUACCACAGCGACUGCUCUGGACUUUGAAUCAGAACCUGCUCCGAGUGUAACUGUUGUUGCGAUGGAUGGCGGCCGCCCGCCUCUGUCGUCAACAGUGAAGGUAGACAUUGUGCUCCAGGAUGUUAAUGACAACACACCCGAGUUUUCCAAAAACUUCUACAAUGCCUCCAUCAAAGAGAACACCGCUGCUGGUACUUGCUUUUUACRGGUGCCAGCCACAGACAAGGAUCGAGGUUCUUUCGGUACCAUCACCUACAACCUUGGUUCAAGUUCUGGAAGCGUUCUACCGUUUACCAUAGACAAGCACAGUGGCCAGCUUUGCACCAGCACAGCUCUUGACAGAGAUGAAGGAUUGGACAAGUUUGACCUAAACGUGACUGCAACAGAUGGAGGUGGUCUGAGUGCAGUAGCUCGUGUGAGGGUCACAGUGGUGGACAUCAAUGACAAUCAGCCGACCUUCUACCCGGUCCUGUACACYGUCAGCCUGAGCACCCACAGCGCCCCGGGAACCUCUGUGGUCAAGGUAACGGCCAAUGACCCAGAUGCGGGAGAAAACGGCCGGGUGACCUAUCGCACUGUACCUGGAGGAGGCUCCACUUUCUUCACCCUGAACAAGGACACAGGAGUGAUUUCUCUCUCACGUUCACUUCAUGGUAAAGCCAACACAGUCGUCUCCAUGCUGAUAUCGGCUGARGAUGGUGGCGGUCUGACGGCGCCCGUCAAUGCCCGGGUUAAUGUUAGCAUAGUGGGAGGCUCGGUGGCGUCUCCGGUUUUCGACCAGGCGCAGUAUUUCUUCACUGUGUCCGAGGAUGUUCUCAGGGGGACGGCGGUGGGAGUGGUCCGCGCUGCUACCAAAACAGGUGUUUCUAAWGAUAUCUUCUACUCCAUCUCUUCUGGAGACCCCGAUGGCUACUUCACAGUGGACAGCUCCUCUGGUACCAUUCGCACAGCCCUUCCCCUUGACCAUGAAACCUGCCCCAGUCUCGACCUGGAGAUCCAGGCACGCUYCGGCUCGCCUCCAGCCUACGGAACCAGCCGGGUUCACAUAACUAUUUCCGACGUAAAUGACAACGCCCCGACCUUCCUCCCCUCCUCGUCYGAGUCGCUCCUCCUGCCCGAGGUCACCAAAAUGGGAGCGAUUAUCUACCGCAUUCAGGCCACUGACAAAGACUCGGGUCACAACGGUCAGCUCAGCUUUGACCUCGUCUCUGCUGGCGCCACAGGCAGCAGUGGCCAGAGGACGUUCGGUGUCGACCGCGGCAGCGCGGAGAUACGCUUGAUCGGGAGUCUCUCUUAUGAAAACGUUCCACGCUACGAUCUGCAGGUCAUUGCCAAGGACGGUGGAGCUCCUCAGCUCAGCUCCACGUUCACACUUGUGGUUCACAUCCAGGCCCAGGAUGCAAAAGGCCCGACCUUUGAYACCCUCACCUACCGGGUGGAGCUGCGAGAGAACGCGCCGCUCAACACACGCUUCCUCCAGGUUCGAGCGCUCAACAGAGAGGCUUCUGGGAACGGCGGAAGCUCUUCGUCUUCCUCCUCCUCUAUCUCCUACCGCCUCAGACCCGACGGUGACGCAGCUGGGUUUGGCAUCAUGCCAGACACUGGGUGGCUGUUUGUUCGUAGCUCUCUGGACAGGGAAGUGAAAGACAUGUACUUGCUGACAGUCCUCGCCACGUCGGGUCCAGGAGGGGUGGGGAGAACCGGCAGUGCCACUGUCAGGGUGACUGUAACCGAUGAGAACGAUAAUUCUCCAAGACUGAGCCAGGAAAGGGUUUUCCUGGCYGUUCGAGAAAACUUACUAGCAGGAACAGGCUUUGGCAGGGUGUCUGCCACCGACAGAGAUGCAGGACUAAACGCUCGACUCACAUACAGACUGCUGCACUCAGACAGACACUUUCAGAUCAACUCACAAACAGGUGAGAUCAGUACCCGCCUCGCCCUGGACAGAGAGCAGCAGUCGAGCUAUCAGUUUGUUGUGGUCGUACAGGACGGAGGUACGCCUCCCCGCAGCGCCACCGGCACUGCUCACAUCACUGUGCUGGAUGAAAACGAUCACGCACCCAGUUUCACACAUGCCAGGCCUGACAGGGAGCUACUGUUUCAGGUGACAGAGGGGCUUCCUUCUGGGACGUUGGUGGGGACCCUGCUGGCUAAAGACCCAGAUGAGGGAGAGAAYGGUACUAUCUACUACUCUUUGUCAGGUUCCAGAGCAGAGCGUUUCUCCCUGAACCCCACCAGCGGUGAGCUAAAAACUGCUUCCCCAUUAAGAUGGGCGGAACGGGCCGAGUACGCCAUUACUGUGACCGCUGCUGACCACGGCACGCCAGAGCUCAGCUCCACCUGCCAGAUAYGCAUACAAGUUCUCAGCUCGUCCAGGUCAGUCUCAACGCCAAACGUCCUCUCUAUGACCCUGAACACAGUUGAAGGGACUGCUCCUGGCUCCAUCAUCGGCUCAGUGCGUCCAGUCGACCAGCAGGGAUCUGCUGUGCUGGAGGGCCAGGUGACCUACCUAGCAGUGGGAGGGACUGAUCGAGAYGGGACCUUUAUGGUAGACCGGAUCAAGGGCGAUGUGUACCUGGUGCGUGAGCUGGACUACGAGAAAGGGUCGAGAUACACGCUGCACGUCGAAGUGUCGGACUUCUCUCAGGUGUUUCCCAGCAGCCACCUGGUGAAGCUGGAGAUCAACGUGCAGGACAGUAAUGACCACGCCCCUGAGUUCUCAGAGGAUCCUGUUACAAUUGUAAUCCCAGAGAACAUAGAGCCAGGGGCUUCCAUUUAUGCAUUCCAGGCUGUGGAUCAGGAUGGCAGUGGGCCCAACAGUGAGCUGCAUUWCUCCAUUGAGCACCAAUGGCCCGACACAUCCGAUCUCCUGGUCCUGGACCCUUCAAGCGGUGUCCUGACCCUGSGGCAGAAGUUAGAUCGCGAGACAACACCCUCCCUCUACCUUGUGGUGCGAGCUACUGACCAGGCAGUAGAUCCUACCAAGAGACGAUGGGGUUCAGUCACCGCUCGGCUCUUCGUGACCGAUGAAAACGACAACGCUCCGGUCUUUAGCUCUCCGUCUGCAGUCAGCGUCAUGGAGGAUCAACCUGUAGGGUUUGUGAUUUUGUAUGUGGUGGCUCGAGAUAAAGAUGAAGGAGAAAAUGGCAGAGUUUUGUACAAAAUCCGGGCAGGCAACAGUGCUGGUCACUUCAGUCUGAACCCCAACACUGGUUCGCUCUCUAUCCUUAAAGCCCUGGACCGGGAAGAGCAAGAAGUUUAUAAUUUAACAAUCAUAGCAGAGGACCAUGGCUCGCCUCCGCUCUCCACCUCCCAGGUGUUGUGUGUGCAGGUGAUCGAUGUGAACGACGAAACUCCCGUGUUCCAGCAAGCAGAGUUUGAGACUCAGGUGAUGGAAAAUCAAGGCCCAGGAACCACAGUGUUGAUUGUAACUGCAACUGACCGGGACCAAGGCUCUAAUGGUCAGAUAACAUAUGGAGGUGUUACAGAAGAUGGCUUCAUCAUCAACCCUGUAACAGGAGUUAUCACCACCACAAAGGAACUGGACACAGAAAUUCAAAAUCACUACACUCUUACUGUCUAUGCCAGAGAUGGAGGGCUGCCUCCUAACUUUGCCAAGGCUGUAGUUCGUGUGGAGGUGCAAGACGUGAAUGACAAUGCUCCGGUCUUUGCAAAGAUGUGGUAUGGACUCAAAGUGCCGGAAAACCAGGAGCCUGUAGUGAUUUGCUCCCUCAAGGCCACAGAUCCAGACUUAGGUCCUGGUGGAGAACUGGAGUACAGAAUCGCCUCUGGAGACCCUGAAGGAGAUUUCCAGCUCCAUGCCAGCACAGGAGCCCUGUCCACCUCGCGUGGGCUUGACAGGGAGAGAAAGGCAGAGUACAACCUGGAGGUGGUGGUCACAGACCGGGGCAGUCCUGCUCUCAGCGCCACUGCAACGGUGCAAGUUAAAGUGCUGGAUGUCAAUGACAACAGCCCCGUCUUCACGAGAGUUAGCUACUCAGCGGAAGUGUCAGAGGAUGCUAAAGAAGGUUCUCAAGUUCUUGAGGUGUCCGCAACAGAUGCUGAUGAGGACUUUAAUGGUAAGGUGCUAUAUUUCAUCAGCCAAGAGGCACAUGGAGCUUUCAUCGUGGAUGAGGACACUGGUCGGAUCACCACCUCAGCUCUUCUGGAUCGUGAAAAACUGGCCUCAUACAGCUUCCAGGUGUUUGCUGUUGACCUUUCACCUGCUGCACCCAGGAACUCCUCUGCUCAGGUGAUAAUCACAAUCCUUGACAUCAAUGACAACGCUCCCUUCUUCACCCAAGAUCCAUUGAUCGUUGAAGUAUCCAGCAGGCGCUCCCAGCGGGUUUUAGCCACCAUGAAGGCCGAAGAUAAGGACUUCGGAGCCAACGGUUCUGUGUUUUAUCGCUUCGCUGCCCCUGUGCAGGGCUUCAGCAUCAACUCCCUAACUGGGGAGAUUCAAGCCACCAAGCCACUACGAGAUCUGACCCAGGCUCAGAGGACCCUGAUAGUGGAGGCCAUGGACCAAGGCAGCCCAGCUCAGUCUGCACAAGGAGUGGUGGUGAUUUAUGUGAAGGAAGUGGAGUACAACGGCAUUCGCUUUUCUAGGAACGCUAGAGACGUUAGCAUUCAAGAAAACGCUGCAAAAGGCACAGCUGUGGCUCAGGCUCAGGCCCAAUAUCCAGAUGGCACACAUAACGGAAUUAGUUAUAGACUUUUUAGUGGAAACAAAAAGCAGGCUUUCAGCAUUAGCUCAUCAACAGGUGAAAUCUGGGUGGAGAGUGCCAGGGGACUAGACUUUGAAGAYACCCCCAGACUUCGCCUUGUUAUAAAAGCUGAAACCGUGACCUCCACAUCAUUUAUGGCGAUUAACUUGGUCCUGCAGGAUGUCAAUGACAAUCUUCCUCGAUUCCAGCUUCAGAAUUAUGUAGCCUACAUGAGAGAAGCACAAGGAUAUGAAACACCAAUCAUACAGGUGAUGGCCGAGGAUGUAGAUCAAGGCCAGAACGGUCAGGUGACAUACUCCAUCCAGUCAUCAAGCAUGAGUGGCCUGUUCAAGAUUGACCCCGUCACAGGAAGCAUCACCACAGCAGCCAUCAUGGACCGUGAAAUCUUUACACAGACCAAGCUUGUAGUGACAGCGACUGACAGAGGAAGUCCACGACUGGCUGGUUCAGCCACACUGACAGUGAUAAUUGUUGACCAAAAUGACAACAGUCCAACUAUUCCCUUACCCCAGGAAGUUCGCAUCCCAGAAAAUACACUGAUCGGCACAGAGAUCACUCUUGUGACUGGAAACGAUGUCGACUCCAGUCCUGCUCUUUCCUACUCCUUGCAGCUUGACCCGGCARCUUUAGGCAAAUUUGGGAUUCACCGUUACAGCGGUGGCGUAUCCCUCACUGGUUCUUUAGAUUUUGAGGAAAAGACAUGGUACACCCUGACUGUCAGAGCCACGGACAGCCAGCACCAAACUGAGGCGAACAUUACAAUAGUGGUGGAGGAUAUUAAUGACAACGCACCUGCAUUCACCAAUGACCUCUAUCAGGUUACCUUGCCUGAGCACACACCACCUGGAAGUGCAGUUAUCACAGUAACAGCAACUGACAGGGACUCUGGAGAUAAUGGGAGGGUCACCUACAGGGUGAUGUCUUCGACUCAGGAGGGCUUCUACAUUGACCCCAGCAAUGGGACCUUGUUCAUCAAUCACAGAGCAGAGUUUGACCCUGAACGCCCAUCAGUUAACAUUGUCAUUGAAGCUCGAGAUGGAGGUGAGCCUUCUCUCUCCUCCCUUACGACGAUCCAAGUUCAAAUCUCUGACGUCAAUGACAAUGCUCCAGUGUUUCACCAGUCUGAGUACAGGUCUACAGUUUCAGAGGACACCAUGCCAGGGUCAACAGUUCUGACCUUUGAGGCCUUCGACAGUGACCUCUCACGGGAAAACUGUGGCUUUGACUUUGCUAUUGCGAAUGGGAAUGAAGGAAAUGCAUUCCAGAUUGAAAGCAGUGUGCGGUUCCUGGAGGGGCGGGGCUUUCAAACAGUUGGAAACCUACUGCUAGCGGAGGGGCUCGACUUUGAGACUAAGCCAUUUUAUAACCUCACGGUGGUUGUGUCGGAUCGUGGUGUUCCCCAGAGAAGUUCCAGUGUCGCUGCUAUGAUAAGCAUUGCUGAUGUGAAUGACAACCCUCCGGUGUUCAGCAGAGCCGAGUAUACAGUGUCCCUCAGCGAGGGAGCUGCCUCUGGGACCGAGAUUAUACGACUGACAGCAACAGACCCAGACUCAACUCCCAAUGCUGAAGUCCAGUAUACCAUAAGUUCUGGGGAUGAGGUGAACUUAUUUUCUAUUGACCAGUGGACUGGAGCCUUGAGACUUCAGCAAGCACUUGAUCGAGAGCACCAGUCCAUGCAUACUGUCAUUAUUCAAGCCACCGAUGGGCAAGGUCACUUUGCUCUAGCUCCAGUCAUUGUUGAUGUGAAGGAUGUAAAUGACAACCAUCCAUUCUUCCCUGUGGAAGUCCUGACAGCUAGUAUCCGAGAAAACCAACCAGCAAACUCAGCUGUGACUGUUCUUCAUGCCAUAGACCACGACACAGGGGUGUUUGGUCAAUUAAAGUACUUCAUCAUAGAGAGGUCUGGAGCUGGAAAAAACAGCUUUGCUGUGGACCAGAGUUCAGGAGAAAUCAAAAGCAAGAUUCCUUUUGACUUUGAGAAAAUCAAUUCUUUUAAUUUUGAAGCAGUAGCCGUAGAUUCAGGCAAUCAUUCAGCCACUGUAACCGUGCAGGUGUUUGUCACCGGUGAGGACGAGUAUGAUCCCCUCUUCACGUCCACUGAUUUUUCUUUUGAAGUACCAGAGGGAGCCAAGAAAGGCCAGAGCAUUGGCCAGGUCCAAGCAAAUGAUGAGGAUGGUGGCGUGGAUGGUAUUGUUCUCUACUCUCUUACUUCCAACUCCCCAUAUUUUGAAGUAAACAAAACAACAGGUGUGAUUUUUUUAAAGUUGGACAAUUCAGAUAGCAGUAGUAGCGGAUCAGGACGAACCAAAAGGGAAACCAGGGUCAUGACCCUGGAUGUGAAAGCUCACAGUCCACUGGAUACAUCUCGCUCUACAUCAGCCCAGAUCUCUAUUGAUGUCACAAACACUAACUUUGGUCUAGCUGCUGAUGUAAACACUUUGGUUAUCAGCAUCAUAGCUGUGUCUCUUGGCUUUAUUAUAUUGCUCGUAGUCAUGGCCAUAGUGAUAUUCUUUGUCAAGUCCCGCAAGAGGAAGAAGGGCCAGGAUACAGGAAACAGAUCUCUUGCAUCAGAAAAUGCUUUGAAAAGACUGGAUGAAGCUGGACCAGGAGGCGAGAACAUCUACCACCAGACUUUGCCAGGUUACGGUGGUGAUCAGGGUGGACCUGGUGGUUCUUACACUCGAGGGGGUUCUUUGGAUCCUUCCCACUCCAGUGGAAGAGGUUCAGCUGAGGCAGCAGAGGAUGAUGAGAUCAGGAUGAUUAAUGAGUACCCCCGUGUUGCCUCCAUUACCUCGUCCAUGCAGGAGCACAUCUCAGCCAGAGGACCAGACUCUGGAAUCCAACAGGAUGCUGACCAGCUUUCUGACAUUUCCUGUGAGCCCGCUGCUUUGGAAGGCAGCACUUGGUUUAAAGGAAAGAAACUGGGAAGCAGUCUGAGUGGGACCUUGCUUUCUGGCCAGCUCCCAGUCUACAGGGACGAAGGAGGUGGUUACCUGGGAGUAGGCCGUGGUCUGAACAUUUCCCUCCCCAAGGAUUACGCCUUCCCCGAGGAUGGGAAACCAUCAGUGGAUGGCUCCCUAACAGCUAUUGUUGCAAGCGAUGAGGAGCUUCGUGGAAGCUAUAACUGGGAUUACCUGCUCAACUGGUGCCCUCAGUUCCAACCUCUCGCCAAUGUCUUCACUGAGAUUGCUCGACUAAAAGAUGAAACUGCUCAGCAGAGUCAAAACCCCCGGCAGCCCUUCCAGCCCAAGCCCAAAAUGGAUCCCAAACCAAGAAUCGACCCUCCACCACUCAUCACAUCAGUGGCUCACCCUGGGGCUAUGUCAGUCCCCCCUAAAGCCCCUGUGAUUGGGCGGACAUUCCCCCACCUUUCCUCACUCCGCAGGUCUCCUAUCAGUCACGAGGGAUCCAUUUCUUCAGCAGCAAUGUCGCCAAGCUUCUCCCCAUCACUGUCGCCUUUGGCUGCUCGAUCUCCAGCUGUUUCGCCUUUUGGAGUCAACCAGGGGCCCUCAGCAUCUAUGAUCAGCACCAGAGAACCCUCACUUGACCAGAGUCCUGAUCAUGAGAUGAGAAUAUGAUCACUUAAAAAACGAACUAUUUUAGGUGGCUUUUUUAUAUAGUUGACACCCUGAACAACAUGACCACUUUUUUGAAUGUUCUUUUGAAAAAAUCCCUUAGAAAUCAUUGUUUUUAUUAUAAGAACAAUGAUUUCACGAAUGUCCAGAUAGACAUUUGUUUCAAACAUCUGGGCAAUAAAAACAUCCCCAAAAAAUGGAAAAUAAAAAUGCAUAUCCCUCAUCUGAUAGAAUAUUUUGAUUUAUUCAUCAGAUGGUUGGCCACAUUGCAGGAAUACACAGAUGUGGAGCAUGCCUGGUUUGACGAGACCAGCCAAACCCUUCCCUUUAUUUUUAACAUGACGCAGGUCUCCAUGAACUGAUCGGGGUCAGCAGGUGAACGGACCCCUACGUGGGAGUGCACACUCGCCAAGCCCUGCAGUCAGAGAUCACUUAGUGUGUAGAUAGAUAAAUGUGUAGUUUUCAUGUUACCUCGCUGGCUGGCCAGAGAGCAACGGACCUUGUCCCUCCUCUUUGUGUCUGUGGACAUUUUUUCAGUAUUAAACUUCUGCUUGUGGCUGCCUUUGAAAUGGCCUCUGGACAUGACCAGGCGAACAAUGUUUUGUUUUUGUUUGUUUUUUUCACAAAGAAACAGACUUAUUGAAAUGUCGAGGCAUCACAAAGUGGGAAAGCAAUGGAGAUUACUGUUUUGUUUUGUUUUCUUCACAAUUUGAAUGACACUUCUCAUAAUUUGACUUUUAUUUUUAUAUGUUUUAUAUAAAUAUAUGAUUUCAGGUUUAUUAUUCUACAUGCAGAUGUUAUUGUUUUUGUGUACUUGCAUGUAUGUAUAUUUGUAUGUAUAUCUCUUAUGUUUUUAGAGACUCCUGAGACUGUUUGUUUGUGUGAAUGGGUGACAUUGUUUUUGUAGGAUUAUUUAUAUGAAAAAAAUAAACGUAUUGCCACAAUUUUACAAUAGAAAACCGAGCACAGGUCAGUUUAUGUUUUUUUUUUCUUUUUUUUUUGUCAAGUGAUCAUGCAAACCCCCAAACUGCAACUAAAUUAAGAGAUGUCAAGAUAUAAACCCCUACUUCUCCAGCAGUCCAUUACUUGUGCACAAUGGCAAACUCCCAUUGUUAUUCAGGGACAGCUCCAUUUGCUUAUCACCAUUUCAAAGGUGCUUCCUAAACAAAGUUCGCCAGCUUUAAAUGCAUUUAACUGUGAAACUGUUCAUCUCAGCUCAGUAGGUUUAAUGUUCUGUGAUGGGACUGAGAUUCUCGCAGGAAAGUUGCAUAAGUUGGAAAAAUGUAGCACAUGAGCCAAACAACUGGGAAGCAAAAGCCUCAGUGCAAAGUCCAGAUGAAUGURUGAGAUUUAGCAACCAGUGCAGUAUUUACAUGUCCCUUGGUAACUCUCUGUUUUCUGCAUUUUAUUUUGAAUUCAUCAUUUGUUCUGCUAUAUGAUGAGUUUUUAUUUAACAUUAUCAAUGUUGAAUGCACAUUUCUUUAAAUUUCUUUUUUUCCAAAUUUGUCAGCCCAAUGGAUGCAACAUGGUGUUCGUCAUUUCCUUGUGUGCAUUUAUCAUUUUGAACAGUUUGGGCUGUUUUUAUUAUCAGUGCAGUGUUAAGAAGUCACCUUGUUUUCAAAACAUGGCUUCUACCUCUGUUCUUUUGUUUGACAUAAUCUGCUUCAUGCAAAGCUGGCACAGGUUCAGCUGAAAAAAGCUUUGGAAGCCAUGAGAAACUGCAGCACAAAACACUCCUGAGUUGUAUUUAUAUAAUAUCAGGAAGAAAAAAAAAACACUGUAUGUCAGACUCAAUUUGGAAUUUAUUGUCGGUGACUGAUGAGUGGAGUAAUGGCCAAAACGCAUAAAGAAGUGAAAUGAACCAAGCUGUACGUUCAUGUAUUUAAAGCAAAUAAAUUCCUACUGAUCUCUUUUGACAAA